AUGCCAAACACACCGCAUUAUAAUAAAUUUAUUAUUAAUGAAGCUUAUAAGCUACUUGAAUACAAUAAAAUUUGUUCUUAUCCAAAGCAUAAUGAAUAUAGAAAUCAAUCAAAAAAUUUAAAUCAAAAAUCAAAAAAUCUUAAUCUUGAAAAAAAAAAAACAGAUAAAGAUCCUGAUUAUAAUACAUUAAAAGAAUAUAAUGCACCAAUCCUCAAAAAAAAUGAUGAUGAUAAUAUAUUAAAAAUAGAAAAUCAUACUUAUUCAUUUAGAAAAGAUAUUUUAUAUAAUGGAGAAGAAUUAAAACAAUUUGAAUCAGAUUAUCAAGAAAUUAUAGCAUAA